AUUUUAUAUAUGUUUUACCUACUGAUUUAUAAACUUUAGUCCUUAUUUGAUUUGUGAAUACACCGUAUCUAAGUUUUUUAACAAUCAGUGUUUAAAGUAAAUUGCAUUAUGAUGGAAGUCGACGGUGUUGAAGGCUGGAACAACAACCCUCCUGAUGGAGUUAAAUUUGCUAAUUUAAAAGCUUUUGUAAAUGCAGCUCGUGAAUUUGAAGCUACACACAGUGAAUCUGCAGUUAAUGUGAUGACUCGAUACUUAGGGCUCAUUGCUUCGUCCUGUGACCUAUCAAUAUUUUCUCCGGGACGUAGUGAGGUAUGCGCCUUCUUCAGCUCUUUAUGGCGAGUGAUGUGUGAUGGUAGAGGGCCGCACUGGGCAGGUGUCGCGGUUCUUGCCAGAGCCUCCGUCGAACCCAGUGCUAGACAUGCACUUACGCAUACUUACAAAUUUAUGCCAAUCCUGUCUCGUUUGUUAUCAGAUACAAUAUCAAAUGAUAAAAAAAUUAAACUUCUGUCUGUGAUGCAGGAUAUUUCAUAUGGUAUAAAAAUUAGUUGGCAAGAAUCCUACCUAACCAGUCUCAUGAAGCAGCUUACUGAUUGGAUAUUGCAGCCCAUGACUGAACCACAGCAUCGGACCAUUGGUCACAAGUCUCUGACAGUCUUAGUAAAUGUAUGUUAUGGUAAUUUACCUGCAAUUUAUGCACUCAUGAGAACUGUGGAUACAAAGGAUUUUGUUGUACAUUUGAUAAGUUUAAAGGAUGGUGGCUAUGGUGGUGUAGAAGUGUGUCGCCUGCUCUUAUGCUUAUCCAGUGGUACAAGGGGCUCAGCUGCAAUUCGACAGUCAGACAUACAUAGCUAUCUGUGCUGCACUAUGCGCACAUUCAAUAAGGCAAUCGGUGAUAGAGAUACAAUUCAACUUCUACACGCAUACACAUUUAUAAAUGAUUUAUGCACAGAUAAUAAUCUACGGAGCUAUGUGCUUUCAUAUAGUCAUUUUAAUACUGCUCUACAGGAAUCUUUAAUGAAAAUAGAAGAUUUGUGUAAAACAGCAUCUGACGACAUGGGUGAACCAGAGAAUUCUAUGAGUUGCUUACAAAAUGUAUUGAAAUUCCUCACCGUUUUGGUAAAUUUGGAUCUAUACUCAAUGAGAUGUCAUCACUGUCAACUUGUAUGUCUGUGCAUGAAAUCGAGUCGAAUUUGCCUGCCAGAGUCUUUGGAAUUGUUUGCAGCUAUCAUUGCUCAAUAUAAGGAUGAAGGUGUUUUACCUCAAGAGUUACUAGCAGUUGUUAGUGAUGGGUUACCGGCACUUCUGGUGCCACCGUCUUUGGAACCAGGGAAAGUUGGAUUACAAUGGUUGCAAGUAGUUGGAGCUUUAUGCGAGUCGAGUGAAACCCAAGAACGAGUUUUACAAGAGGUUACCCCUGACUCCUUUGAAGACACAUUGUACAGUGUGUUACAAUACACUUCACAGAAUGGCCCUGUGGGAAUGGAAACGGCUCAAAAAAGUGUGGUACUAGCAUGUCGGAGUGGAUUAUCUUUAGCUCCGCUCUCGAAGCAAUGGGAAGCCGCCUUUAAUAGGAUGUUAGCCCAUCAUCAAGUUCGCAAGCUCCUAUGUGUGGCGCUUACAGGUAAUAACGGACUACGACGAAGACAGAUCAUGCAGCUGGUCAAACAUCACUAUUUUCCAUCGGAUCAAAUGAAUCAGAUAUUCGGCGAGAGUCUGCAGAGCGCGCCCGAGCGGGAGGCGGACGCGUCCCCGCGCGACGACGCGCCGGAGCGCCUGUCGCCGGCGCAGGAGCUCGCGCUCGACCGCCUCGUGGCGCGCCUCUCCGACGCGCUGCAAGCCGGGAAGAUAUCAGACAUCGCGACGUCGAGUGUGAUGGAACUGUACGGCUACAAGAUGACGUGUCUUGAGCAGCGGUUGCAUUCGCAUUCUGUAGCGUUACAGGGUGCAACAGAACACAUGGCGUCGUUACAACAUGCACUCGCGUUGCUUCAAGCGACGAACUCCGCUCAGCAAGAUGUGUUAUAUACGACACAGAUGCAAAAUGAGAAGCACAAAAAAUCCAUAGAAGAUCUUCAUAAACAACUUGAAGAUGCUGAAACGACGCUACGAGGUUUCAGAGCGAAGUUGGCUGCCGAGAGAUUAGAUAAGGAAAAUCAAAAGGAAAUUUUACAAAAGGAAUUCAGAACACAGUUAACUAAUAUUGAAAACGAAAUGAGAGUACGAGAAACAGAAGCAGAGGAACGACUCAAGCAGCUCGAAUCAGAUAAUAAGACAUUGCAAAAGAAGCUGGAACAACAGACGAACAAAAACAGCGAGCUAGCGGGUGUAUUGAUAAAGUUUGAGGAGCGCGUUAAACAACGUGACAAGAAGUUGGAAGAAGCGGCCGCAGCCGACAGCGGGCUGAGGAGAGAGCUGGAACAGCGGGAUAAUAUGAUAAAACAGUUAGAAAAAACAGUGGUUGAGCGUGAGAACCGAUUGUAUCAAGUGACGACACAGUUGGAAGAAAUGAAGAGGGUACAAGAGAUGGUAGCUAAGCUUAUGAGCAAAAGUUCUUCAACAGCUGCCAGCUAGCGUACGUUACAGCUCACACAGAGAACUUUAUAAGAACUCAACGACGUUUUAUUAUAUAAUUAUGUCAGCGUUGAAACGCAAAUGAAAAUUAUAGAUUUGAUCAUGUACAUAUCUAGCUAUGAAAAGCUGAUGGGCAAAUUUUAAUAAUAUUUUUAUGUAAUGUUACUUAGUUACUUACUUUUAUGUAUUAUUAAUAUAAAAUUACUCCACAAUAUCAAGCACACUACAAUAAUUAGAUUAUCUGUAAUCAACAAUCUCGCUAUACAUUGUUAUUACUUAGUUUUGAAAUUUUAAAACAAAUAAAUUGAAUGAUUAUUUUAUACUCAAAAUACAGAGUAUAAGAUAAUCAUUAAAUAACAUCGAAUUGUAUAUUUACUACUUGGUAUGUUUGCAGUGUCGGUUCUACCUCGCCAACUUAUGAUGUAAAGUACUAAAAAAUAAAAUAAAAAGAAAUAACACUUUGUGGACUUUUUGUACUUUAAAAUUGGGAUUUAUUUUUCACAUUUACCGUUACGUAUUUGCACUAACGUUUAUUAAGGAAUCGCUCAACCAUUUAGUUCAAUGGAUUUAAUUCUAAAUUGGCUAUUUUUAUCUUCGUAUGACAAUAUGGAUUGGUUCGAAUAUUCCUUAUCUAAUUAUGUC